AUGUCGUCGGUGAAGGUGGCGGUCAGGGUCCGCCCCUUCAACUCGCGAGAGAUCUCCAAAGAAUGCAAAUGCAUCAUCGAGAUGACAGGCAACACCACAGUUAUAUUAAACCCUAAAGCUCCGCCUGGCAACAAGGAUGGUGCUAAAAGCUUCAACUUUGAUUUCUCGUACUGGUCACACAACCCAAAUGAUCCAGAGUUCUCUUCUCAAAUAAUGGUCUAUAAAGACAUUGGAGAAGAGAUGUUACAACACGCAUUUGAUGGGUACAACAUAUGUAUAUUUGCGUACGGACAAACCGGCGCGGGCAAAUCAUACACAAUGAUGGGCCGCGGGGAGGAAGGCCAGGAAGGCAUUAUCCCGCAGAUCUGCAAAGACCUCUUUCGGCGCAUCAGACAAACUACCUGCGAUGACCUCAAGUAUUCUGUUGAAGUAUCAUAUAUGGAAAUAUACUGCGAGCGGGUUCGCGAUCUUCUGAAUCCCAAGAACAAAGGUAAUCUGCGUGUUCGUGAACACCCAGCGCUCGGUCCCUAUGUCGAGGACCUAAGCAAGCUCGCCGUCACCUCAUACGAAGACAUCUACGACCUCAUCGACGAGGGAAACAAGGCUCGGACGGUCGCAGCGACCAACAUGAACGAGACAUCGUCUCGUUCGCACGCUGUGUUCACUAUAUUCUUCACGCAGCAGCGACACGACAGGACCACCAAUCUAAUGUCUGAAAAGGUAUCAAAAAUAUCACUGGUGGAUUUGGCCGGGUCAGAACGUGCGGACUCUACGGGCGCGAAGGGCACCCGCCUGAAAGAGGGCGCCAACAUCAACAAGUCGCUCACUACCCUCGGCAAAGUAAUCUCCGCGCUGGCCGAAAUUGCAUCAAAGAGCAAAAAAUCUAAAAAGGCGGACUUCAUCCCGUAUCGUGAUUCGGUGUUGACAUGGCUGCUGCGAGAGAACCUCGGUGGCAACUCGAAGACCGCUAUGAUUGCCGCCAUCUCGCCAGCCGAUAUCAACUAUGAUGAGACGCUGAGUACACUUAGAUACGCAGAUCGUGCCAAACAGAUCGUCUGCAAAGCCGUCGUCAAUGAAGACGCCAACGCAAAACUCAUACGCGAGCUCAAAGAAGAGAUCCUCAAACUGCGUGAGCUUCUCAAAGCUGAAGGCAUCGAUGUCGAGGAAGGAGAUGAGAAUUCAUCGCCGGCACGCAAGAAGAACGAUGAGGCGUUGAUGUCGCCGAAGUUGUCCCGAACGGGCACGACCAUAGCCGAAGAUGCCGUCGAUCAGCUGCAAGCCUCAGAGAAACUCAUUGCAGAACUUAACGAAACGUGGGAAGAGAAACUAAAGCGCACAGAACAGAUCCGCGUGCAACGCGAGGCUGUGUUCGCUGAGAUGGGCGUCGCAGUGAAGGAGGGAAUCACUGUGGGUGUGUACUCACCGAAGAAGACGCCGCAUCUCGUUAACCUCAAUGAAGACCCUAAUCUUUCAGAAUGCCUCAUCUAUUAUAUUAAAGAUGGUGUAACCCGACUUGGCACGUCUGAAGCCAAUGUUCCACAAGAUAUACAACUGUCCGGCUCCCACAUCCUCAGUGAACAUUGCAUAUUUGAGAAUACAGAUGGUGUUAUCUGCCUCGUACCUCAUCAUGGGGCACUCGUCUAUGUUAACGGUCGGGAGGUAAAAGAGCCAAUAAUAUUGAAGACCGGCUCCCGAGUCAUCCUGGGCAAGAACCAUGUGUUCCGCUUCACACACCCUGGACAGCGCUACGAGCCCACUAUUUCUAACAAGGAACUCACUGGCACUACUGAAAAUAACGGAAGCAAUAACGACGGUGGUAAAGACGGUGAGAACAUUGACUGGGACUUCGCCCAAUGCGAAUUGCUGGAGAAGCAAGGUAUCGACCUCAAGGCUGAGAUGCAGAAGCGUCUCUUGGCGCUCGAGGAACAGUUUCGCAGGGAGAAGGAACAUGCAGAUCAGCAGUUCGAAGAACAGCGAAAGAACUACGAAGCUCGCAUCGACGCCCUUCAGAGGCAAGUGGAAGAACAGAGCGUCACCAUGUCCAUGUAUAGCUCAUACACGCCCGAAGAUUUCCACAAUGAAGAAGAUAUUUUCGUGAACCCCCUGUUUGAGACAGAGUGUUGGUCGGCGCGCGAGGUCGGCCUGGCUGCCUGGGCGUUCCGCAAGUGGAAGUACCACCAGUUCACCUCGCUCAGGGACGACUUGUGGGGCAACGCGAUAUUCCUCAAGGAAGCUAACGCGAUCUCCGUGGAGCUGCGCAAAAAGGUCCAGUUCCAAUUCACUCUGCUGACGGACACGCCGUACUCGCCGCUGCCCAGCGAGCUGGCGCCGCGCGACGACGCCGACGACGAGUACCGGCCCGGCGCGCCCACCGUCGUCGCCGUCGAGGUCACCGACACCAAAAACGGCGCCACGCACUACUGGACCCUUGAAAAGCUUCGCCACCGCCUGGAGCUCAUGCGUCAGAUAUACAACAUGAACGAGAGCGCGUGCGGGGACGACGAGGAAGAUGACGUGUCUCCGUCGAUCCCCGCGCUCCCCUCGCCGGAGCCGCUGCCCCCGGCGUCGGGCCCGCCGCCGUCGCCCGACAUACUGCAGUGCAUAUCCGCCUGCGCGCAGCAGACGCGCUUGUCUCUAGCCAACCUGCUGCCCUCGAGACAAAGGCUGGAGCUGAUGCGCGAAAUGUAUCACAACGAGGCCGAGCUGUCGCCCACGUCCCCUGACCACAACAUCGAGUCGGUCACCGGCGGUGAUCCCUUCUACGAUCGUUUCCCGUGGUUCCGUAUGGUUGGACGGAGCUUCGUUUACCUGUCGAACCUCCUGUACCCGGUUCCGCUCAUUCACAAAGUUGCAAUAGUGAACGAGAAAGGAGACGUGAAGGGCUACCUACGUGUGGCUGUACAGGCAGUAAUCGACGCCGAAAAAAACAACGCUGAAUUAGCGGCUGGUGUUAAACAGUCCGCUAAGAUAUCAUUCGAUGACGACGCAGCACCUGCAAGGUCUCGACUCAAGACUCUCUCCACAGUUGAGAAAAACAACGCACUAAAUCUGGAAGAUCGCAUUGCUGAUGUUGCCGAUUCUAACAUCAAGAUAGAAGAGCUGGGCGUGGGCGAGUGCGACGCGGACAGCGGGCGCGGCGACAGCUCGCUGGCGUCCGAGCUGAAGGACGAGGAGCUACCCGACCACCUGGCGCUCGGCCGCGACUUCACCUUCCGCGUCACCGUGCUGCAGGCGCACAGCGUCUCCACCGACUACGCGGACGUCUUCUGCCAGUUCAACUUCUUACAUCGUAACGAAGAUGCCUUCUCUACUGAACCUGUCAAGAACACCGGCAAGAAUACGCCCCUUGGAUUUUAUCACGUACAAAACAUCACUGUACCUGUAACCAAGUCGUUCGUAGAGUACAUAAAGACACAACCGAUCGUUUUUGAAGUUUUCGGCCAUUAUCAGCAGCAUCCACUUCACAAGGACGCAAAGCAGGAUGGUCCGGUGGCGGGGCGCACGCCGCCGCGGCGCAUGCUGCCGCCGUCCAUCCCGAUCUCGGCGCCUGUGCGUAGCCCCAAGUGGGGCGCGCCCAGCGUGGCGCCACCCUGCUGCUCCUCGCACCUGCACUCCAAGCACGACCUGCUCGUCUGGUUCGAGAUCUGCGAGCUGGCGCCCAGUGGCGACUACGUGCCCGCCGUGGUGGAGCACAGCGACGAGCUUCCGUGCCGCGGGCUGUUCGUGCUGCAUCAGGGCAUCCAGCGUCGCAUCCGCAUCACCAUCCUGCACGAGCCCUCCGCAGACCUGCAGUGGAGCGACGUACGCGAACUCGUUGUCGGACGUAUCCGCAACUCGCCCGAAGCUAACGAAGACACAACAGACGGCGAUGAAGACGGCGCUCUGUCUCUUGGACUUUUCCCCGGAGAACGUCCCACACUGGACGACCGUGCUGUCUUCAGGUUCGAGGCGGCAUGGGACAGCAGCUUGCACGGUUCUCCCUUACUCAACAGGGUCAGCGCCAAUGGCGAGGUUGUCUAUAUAACCCUUAGCGCAUAUCUGGAGGUGGAGAACUGCGGGCGGCCGGCUAUCAUCACGAAGGACCUGUCGGCGGUGGUGGUGGGGCGCGAAGCGCGCGCGGGUCGCUCGCUGCGUCGCGCGCUGUUCGGUUCACGCGCCGCGCGCGCAGACCACCUCACCGGCGUCUACGAACUCAGCCUGCACCGCGCGCUCGAGCCCGGUGUUCAGCGUAGACAAAGGCGAGUGCUGGACACGAGCGGGACGUACGUGCGCGGCGAGGAGAACCUACACGGCUGGCGGCCACGCGGCGAUUCGCUCAUAUUCGACCAUCAGCAGAAACGUAUCGUGCGCAAGCUGAUUUAUGAUUGGCCGCUGGACGUUAUCGAUAGAUCCCAGUGGGAGCUGGAGAAAAUGACGCGUCUGGAGCAAGUUGGGCGCACGCGUCACUUCCUUGCGUUACGCGAGCGCCUGCGCCACGGACACGAAAACACCGUCGCGCCCAACGACUUCACCAAGACAGAGAAGGAGGUGUGCAACAUGGCGGCGAAGGCGGCGGGCGAGUGCGCGCACGCGGCGCUGGCGCGCGACGAGGCGCUGUACGAGCCGUGGGACAUGUCGCCGCGCGAGCGCGACCUCGCCACCAAGUACAUCAAGCUCAUACAGGGCCGGAUAGGAUCGAGUGGAAAAGAAGUGGAAACCGCCGUAUCCCCAUCUUCGCCUGUGGACGAAGGCGUCUCCGCAGAUAUUUCCACUCCCAGUCUCUUAUCGUCCAUCCACAGUGCAAGCAGUUUUGAGCUGUGCUCGCCAGAGCGCGCGCUGCUGGAGCGCCAGAUGGCGGCGUGGGGCGGCGCGGCGGGCGGCGGCGCGGGCGCGCUGUUCGUGCCCGACUGCGAGUGA